GAUUCGGGCCACAGUUCAACUUAAUCCGCUUGAUAAUGAGGAUCCCUCACAUCUGCUUCCAUGUGGCCGUUCUUGUGUCUGCUUUCAACUUGGGUGGGGUCGUAAGUGCCGAGGACGAGAUCCCGGAGUUGGGUACCGACAACAUGCAACAAGAUGUCCUUAUUCCUCAACAUUUUUUCGACGCUUUUCGACCCAAGCGAGAUAAUAUCCACUUUGAUUCAGUGACUAAAAGACCCAGUCAAUCUCGAGAUCUGUACCGUUUGUUGAGAACUUUGAAGAGGUCGGAUCCGUCUUAUGAGAGCCAACAUGUCAGGCCCAUUUCCAUGAGGCUUCAGGACGACUUGGAGGAUCUCAUGUCUCUGGAUUCAUAUCAUGCUAUUAUUCAAACGCCCCAGGGACCACGGAGAGUCCCCUUAGCCAUUUUGCAUCGAUUGCUGAACUCUAAAUUGCCCAUGGUUCCUCAUUGAAUGUGCUUUGAAUGUGUCUUUUGAUUUUGGUAGACAGCAGAAUAAUUUAUGAAGAGAAGAGCUUUAGGAACUCAAGGUUAAAUACUCAUGCGUGGAUUGCAAUGAAAGUUUACUUAUUAACGGGAAAUGUAUAUUUCUGCUUUGAGUCGCAACCUAGUAAUAUAUUUCCCUUUCGUUUCCGCAUGAUUUGGUUAGUGUUUGAGGAAUUAUUUUUUUUACUUAGAAUUAUUUUUAGCGUUUCUAGAUACGGUGGAGGAAUCUAGAAAACCUUGCUUUUGCCUCAAGUCACAAUUUGUUGAUAUGAUGUACUUGCCCCGAUUUUUAGCAAAAUAAAUAUUUGAUAACCUA